CGCCAUGAAAAGCUUGAAGAUCGAAGUUUGACCGCCUGCCCCACUAGGGUUUGACUAGUCGGACUCCGGUGAUUCGGCCCCACAUGACCACGUUUAUCAUUUACAUUCAUGUUUCUUAAAGUAUUAUUGAAAUAUAACUUAAACUUUUACAAAGUAGGGCCAACAUUAUAGGCCGAUUUCCACAUGAUGAAGAAACUUUUUAAUCAUAUAAACUAAGCAAAUGUGGACGACCGGUCAACCUAAGUCCAACACUCUUGACUAAACCGCUUGUGAUCGUCAAAUACCACCCGCGUUCUUCUAAACGCGGCACUAACCUCUACUUUUUAGCACUACCAAAGUGGCAAAAGCCCACACGAACCAGACCGAGUCAGGGCCGCGGUGGUCCAAGCAGGGGCAGGGCAGUCUGGUAAAGGGGCCGAGUACGUCCAUGGCCGACCAUGGUUUCUGGUUUUCGUGUCUGUAUCGUCCGUCCACGAGUUCUUCCAUUCUUUCUCGCUUUCCUUCUUUUUCAAAGAUUUCGAUCUUUUUGGAGCGUCCUGUUGCGAGAAUCCUUGCCUCAGAAGAUCGCCCUAGAGAGAUGGUCUCCCUCCCCACGAACCUACCCACCAGAUUUUGUUCCUUACGAGAAGCUAAGGAAAUUACCACGACACCCUUCGUCCCUGUCAUUGUUUAAUUAUAUAUAGCUCGCCUCUCCCGCCUCUUCCCCAACACGACGGAAACACUUCCGCCACGAGUUGCAGACUGUGAUGAUGGUGUCCUCCCUUCUUCCUCAAUUGCUACUUCUUUUCUCUUUCCUAGCUCCGGGCAGGGCCGCCGGGGGACGGCUCAGCGGGGACCCGGUCGACCUGGUCCCCGCAACGGCCGACUUCGGCAACUUGGUCCGGGACCAGCCCUCAGGCGUAUACUUCCCGGCCGGCGCCGCCGACCUCGCCGAGCUGGUGGCGUCGUCCUACCGGACGGAGUCGCCCUUUGGGGUGGCGGCCCGUGGACACGGGCACUCUAUCGCCGGGCAGGCGCAGGCGGCGGGCGGGGUCGUGGUGGAGAUGGGCUCGGGGUCGUGGGACCCGCCGAGGGUAGGGGUGAAUGGGUCCGGCGCGCCCUACGUGGACGCUUGGGGAGGGGAGCUGUGGGUGGACGUGCUGGCGGCGACGCUGGAGCAUGGGCUCGCGCCCAGGUCCUGGACCGACUACCUCUACCUGACCGUCGGCGGGACCCUCUCCAACGCCGGCAUCAGCGGCCAGGCCUUCCACCACGGCCCUCAGAUCAGCAACGUCUUCGAGCUCGACGUCGUCACCGGCAAAGGGGAGCUGGUGACGUGCUCGGAGGACCGGAAUUCGGAGCUCUUUUUCUCGGUGCUGGGUGGGCUCGGUCAGUUUGGGAUCAUCACUCGAGCGAGGAUCGCUCUGGAGACAGCACCUCAACGGGUAAGAUGGAUACGGGUCUUGUAUUCGGAUUUCUCUGCUUUCACUAAGGACCAGGAGUACCUCAUAUCUCUGCAUGGUGAGGCCAUGAAGUUCGACUACGUGGAAGGGUUUGUGAUAGUGGACGAGGGCCUGAUAAACAACUGGAGGUCCUCCUUCUUCUCCCCACGUAACCCAGUGAAGGUCUCCUCCCUGGGCAACAAGGGCGGUGUCCUAUAUUGCCUGGAGAUGACCAAGAACUAUGAUGAAUCUUCAGCCGACACCAUCGACCAGGAAGUGGAGAGCCUGCUGAAGCGGCUGGACUUCAUCCCGGUGUCCGUGUUCAUGACGGACGUGAGCUACGUGGACUUCCUGGACAGGGUGCACAAGGCGGAGCUGAAACUGAGGGCCAAGGGCCUGUGGGACGUCCCACAUCCGUGGCUCAACCUCUUCGUCCCCGCCUCCCGGAUCGCCGACUUCGACGCCGGCGUCUUCAAGGGCAUACUUGCAAAUAAGACCACCAGCGGCCCCAUUCUCAUAUACCCCAUGAACAAGCACAAAUGGGACGACCGGACGUCCGUGGUGAUUCCGGAGGAAGGCGAGACGUUCUACCUGGUGGCGCUCCUCCGUUCCGCUCUCGACUCCGGGGACGUGGCGCAGACGCUCGAGUUCCUCUCUGCGCAGAACGAGGAGAUCCUCCGGUUCUGCGAGGAUCGGGCGAUUCCGGCGAAGCAGUACCUCCCAAGCUACGCCGAUACGGCGGAAUGGAAGCGUCACUUCGGCGACAAGUGGGACCGGUUUGUUCGGCGGAAGGCCGCGUUCGAUCCCAAGGCGAUUCUCUCGCCGGGUCAAAGGAUAUUCCGUCCCGGUUCGACUCUCCUUUCCGACUCGUAACGGCUGCCUUCCUAGUUCCUCCCCUGUUGUAGGUCGUCUCUACUGUAUAUGGAUAUUUUUUUGACUCUUCUAUCCUUUCGUUUUCCCCAAAACGUCGACAUGCCCUUUUGUCACUGGGAGCCUUUGGAUGACGCAACGAGCAUCUGUGUAUCGGCGAAAGGGUAGUCUUGUUAUUAUGGAAAUAACUGCUCGUAUAAAAGGGAAUACAAGAGGAAACCACACAUGGAUGUAACCCUCAUUCCGUAUUAAGGGUAUUAUUGUCAUUAUAAAUGAAAUCUUUCCCAUUUCUUCUCC